AUGUCGCAGGCAUCCCACACCGAUGGCGUUUGUGCUGUCUUCCUGCAUGCUGGUGCGGGCUACCACAGCCGCGAGAAUGAACACAAGCAUCUGAAGGCCUGUGAAAUAGCUGCGCUUAAGGCCAUUGCAUUCUUGAAGUGCGGUGGAACUGCCAUUGACGCCGUUGAAGCAGCGUUGAUGGUGCUCGAAGAUGAUCCAAUCACGAAUGCAGGAUUUGGGAGCAACUUGAACGAGAAGGGUGUGGUUGAAGGCGAUGCCUCAAUUGUUGACCAUAAUGGACUAAGCGGAGCAGCUGGAGCUGUACCCAAUAUCAAGAACCCGAUUAUGCUUGCUCGCAAGAUCUAUGACAAGUCGAACGUCCAAAUGGGUAUGUCAAGGGUCCCUCCGAACUUUCUGGUCGGAGAAGGUGCCAAGGAUUUCGCAUGGGAGCAUGGCAUGGUGAUUAUGCCCGGGGAAGCUAUGGUAUCCCCCGUCGCUCUGGAACGAUAUCGUAUAUGGUCAGCGGAAGUCGGGGAUUUUGAACAUGAAUUGUGCGGCGAAAAGAUUGACCCUUGGAUUCGCCGUCCGAUGACUCCCCUUGAUGCUCGACUCAAGCGCCUCGAGGAUGUUUCUCAAGCCACAAACAACCCCACCCAAGCUCCCAAAGCUGCCUGUGCUUAUGACACGGACGAAGAAAUCAAAAGUCUGCCCCAUCCAAGCCUUGUGAUGAAUCCGAAGGGGCGACGUCUGCCGUCCCCAUCAGGGCAGCAAUCUCCGAAAAAGACAAAACUCGACAGUCCUCACUUACCUGUGCAGCCUGUCUCACAUUUGCCCUCAACUAGGGAUGGCAGUCCCGAGGUCGUCAAUAGUGACCAGGAUGAGGAAGAUGCGAUCACAGACACUGUCGGCGCCAUUGCCAUUGACAUGUACGGUAAUAUUGCGGCCGGAUCGUCUUCUGGCGGGAUCGGCAUGAAGCAUAGAGGCCGAAUUGGUCCUGCAGCCUUGAUCGGCAUUGGAACUCAUGUCAUUCCACAGGAUCCAACCGACCCAGAUGGAACGACAUGUGCAGUUGUUACAUCGGGGACUGGAGAGCUCAUUGCGGGGACGCUGGCGGCAAGCACCUGCGCCACGCGUGUGUACUACAGUCAGAAGAUGGGCGACGGCGGUAGUUUCAGCCAGGUCAUGGAAGAGGAGGCUCUCAGAGCGUGGAUGAAGAAGGAGUUCAACGAACACCCCGCUGUGAGCAACAGCGUUCUCUUUGGCGCCCUCGGAGUGCUCGUUGUUAAGAAAAGCAAUUCCGGCAUUGAACUCUACUUUGCUCACAAUACCGACUCUUUUGCUCUCGCCUCGAUGUCCAGCAAUGCGGACAGGCCAUCCUGUCUAAUGUCGCGAGGCUCACGAGGAACUAUUGCCCAGGGAGGCUGCCGGAUUAAGUUUUCUGAGUCUUGUUCGCAAGGCGCCUUCUAG